ACCACGAGAAAAGCAUUGUGGGUAAUGCGAGCAAAGGUAGCCAUCAAGCAGAGUAGGAUAAGGAAACCUGACAUCUUUCCCUUGGUUCACUCACUUUCUGGAACCUCUUGUCGAAGGACACCGAUCAUGGCACCUCAAAGGAACAGGGUGUUUGUCAUUGGAGUAGGAAUGACAAAGUUUGAGAAGCCUGGAUUGGAAGACUUUGACUACCCAGACAUGGCCAAGGAAGCAGGUCAGAAGGCCUUAGCAGAUGCUGGGAUACCCUACUCUGCCAUAGAGCAAGCUUGUGUGGGCUAUGUGUAUGGUGACUCCACCUGUGGCCAAAGGGCCAUCUACCAUGGCCUGGGUCUGUCUGGCAUCCCCAUCAUCAAUGUCAACAACAACUGCUCCACUGGCUCCACUGCCCUGUUCAUGGCUCGCCAGCUGGUGCAGGGAGGACUGGUUGACUGUGUGCUAGCUCUUGGGUUUGAGAAGAUGGAGAGGGGUUCCUUAUCCUCAAAGUACAUGGACAGGACCAACCCUAUGGAUAAGCACAUGGAAGUGAUGAUCAACCGCUAUGGGAUGGUGGCUGCCCCGGCUGCUCCCCAGAUGUUUGGCAACGCCGGCAGAGAGCACAUGGAGAAAUAUGGCACUAAACCAGAGCACUUUGCCAAGAUUGCAUGGAAGAACCACAAGCAUUCCACCAACAACCCGUACUCCCAGUUUCGAGAUGAGUACAGCUUGGAGCAGGUCAUUAAUUCCAGAAAAGUGUUUGAGUUCCUCACUCUUCUACAAUGCUGCCCCACGUCAGAUGGUGCUGGAGCAGCCGUCCUGGCCAGCGAGGACUUUGUGAGGCGCCACGGUCUGGAGGGACAGGCGGUGGAGAUCCUGGCCCAGGAGAUGGUGACGGACCUCUCCAGCACGUUCGAGGAGAACAGCUGCAUGAAGAUGGUGGGGUACGACAUGUCAAAGCUGGCAGCUCAGAAGUGCUUCGAGACGGCCGGCCUCAAGCCCAGUGACGUCGACGUCAUCGAGCUCCACGACUGCUUCUCAGCCAAUGAGCUGAUCACGUACGAGGCCCUGGGACUAUGUCCCGAGGGGAAGGCCGGAGAGCUGAUAGACAGGGGAGACAACACGUACGGGGGCAAGUGGGUGGUUAACCCCAGCGGAGGGCUCAUCUCCAAAGGACAUCCUCUGGGAGCCACAGGUCUGGCCCAGUGUGCUGAGCUGUGCUGGCAGCUGCGAGGGGAGGCAGAUAAGAGGCAAGUCCACAAGGCAAAGGUCGGCCUGCAGCAUAACAUCGGCCUAGGAGGAGCCGUGGUCGUGGCUCUUUACAGGAUGGGGUUCCCUCAGGAAGACAGCUCUCCGGUGGCAGCGGUGCCUACCAGUUCCCCCGGUGGUGGUCUAGAGGACUUCAAAACCUUCUCUGUCUUUCAAGAGAUCGAGAAGAAACUACAGGAGGAGGGUGAGGGGUUAGUCAAGAAGAUAGGAGGUGUCUUUGCGUUUAAGGUGAAGGAUGGGCCGGAGGGGAAGGAGGCUCUGUGGGUGGUGGACGUGAAGAAUGGCAAAGGUUCCGUCAGCAACGACACAGACAAGAAGGCAGACUGCACCAUAGCCAUGGGGGAUGAGGACCUGAUGUCAUUGAUGACUGGCCAGAUGAAUCCUCAGACGGCUUUCUUCCAGGGGAAGCUGAAGAUCACUGGGAACAUGGGCAUGGCCAUGAAGCUGCAGAGCCUUCAGAUGACAGCUGCCAAGGCCAAGCUCUGAAUCACCUCUUUUGUGGAUUGCUCCUUUCUCAAUGGCGCAGUCUUGUCCUUUUCCCCACUCCUUUUCCUUUAUGAACCAUCCUUUCAAGCACUUACUUUCCUCUCUGGCUCUCUUUCUCUCUCUCUGGCUCUCUAUCUCUCUCUCUCUCUCUCUCUCUCUCUCUGGCUCUCUCUCUCUCACCUUCUAUUGUCCUGCUGUCUGUUUGCAGUCUUUAUGAGAAACAUAGAGACUUAGAGAAAUUAACCUGAUCCCUAGAAAUUAAUCUAACUCUUCCUAAUGAAGCCUACUUUAUUGACAUUUAGUUGACUGAAUAAUUAACUUGCAUUAUUAUCAUGAAAUCCGGUCCCUAAUGUUUCAGACAUCUGAAGUUGAAUUCAGUCAAACUAAUGUUAACUGUCCUCAUUCUGACAAGCUGCUGUUAUGAAGAUAACUUGGAGAUGGAGAGAUAAUGGCAGUCGAGAAAUCCAAUUAAGGUUUCUUUUGGCCUGAGCUCUGGCUUUAAAGUGCUUGUGUUAGAAGGGGGUGUACAGAUUAUCUUUAAGACUGAUGUGAUCUUUGACACUUUGGGAAUGAAUAAUACUCAACUGGAACUGUUCUCUUCUGUACAUCGCUACUGUAGCAUAAGAGGAAAUAACUCACAGGGGGAAUAACUCACAGGCAAAUAUCAACAUAUACAUAAAUAUUAAUGUUACAAUUGCAGUUCAAUCCAUAGCAUAGUUUAUAUUUCUGUUCUAAUGUUUAAUAAUGAUGUAAUGCCACUCAAGACCACUCAAUGUGCCUCAAAUGCCACUCUUUCUGAAAUUGCAUUUUUAAUGAAAGACUAAAGAUAAUGUGAGAGCAACAUUUUGUAUAAAUGUAUGUAAUUUUUGCUAAAUAAUUGCUAUAUUGAUGGAUGGAUGAAUGUUUCUGUUUAAGUGGUAUUUGUAAUCACUUUCAAAUAUUCAAAAUAAAACAUUUUAAGAAACUGUUGGAUUU